CUUAUUUUUAUCUGUUAGGCAUUUCGUCCUCUGUAGGAGAUAGCUCGCGUGCUAACCUGAGCAGCCAUGGGCCAGAAGAGGAAGUCUGCUGGGGAGUUUCCCAAUCCUAAGCGACUGCAGAAGGAAACGGCGCUGGAUGAUGCCGAUCCGAUAUACGAGGAGGCUAACUCCGACUUCGACUAUUCCUCAAAUCCCUCACACGAUGAUGCCAGCGUCACCAGCGGGAGUCUCCACGAGACCCCAGCGACACCCUUCUCGACCACCUCAGUCCGGUACCCAUCGGAGCUGAAGACACACCGCUGCCCAUUCGAGGGUUGCAUGAAGGCCUUCAAUCGACCCGCGCGACUUCAGGAGCAUCUGCGCUCACACAACAAUGAAAGGCUGUUCAAGUGUACCUAUGACGACUGCGACAAGUCCUUUCUGCGAGCCUCACAUCUGACCCACCACGUUAAGAGUGCCCAUACCGGAAUCAGGGACUACGUAUGUGAUCGUCCGGGCUGUGGGAAGAGCUUCGUGACCGGUUCCCGCCUCCGGAGACACUUGGCUGCCCACGAUGGAAGAGACAAGUACCGUUGCACCGAAUACCCGCCGUGCAGCGAGACCUUUCGGAAACACUCGACCCUUCAGAAGCACGUCAUAUCGGUGCAUCUAAACCAAAAGCCGUUUCCCUGUCCGCAUAACGAUCCACGCACCGGGGAAAGAUGCUCCAUGGCAUUCGAAACAGCGGGCCAUCUCCGGGCGCACGAGAGCAGAAUCCACACGGAGAAACGAUUUAGCUGUACGGAAUGUUCACAGCGCGCGGCGCACGACGGGCAGUCCUUCGAGGCUGAUGCGGUCACCUUCCCAACGUACUCUUUACUUCAGGCCCAUAUCCGAACCGCUCAUCCUCCACAAUGUUCCAACUGCUCCAUGACCUGCUCCACGGCACGUGAGCUGCGCCGCCAUUUAGAAGUUGCUCAUGGAAACGUUAGUCUCGAGGAUCGGAGAAUCUUCCCAUGCACAUUUCCCGGAUGUGACCGCAGUUUCACCAAGAAGGGAAAUCUAACAGUACAUGUUCGAACCGUCCACGACGGCGAGAAGCGAUUUAUCUGCGGAGAAACAGACCUCUCCACUUCCAAGAAAGUAAUCGGAUGGUCCGGUGACGGCUGUGGAAAGCGAUACGGAAGCAAAUUAGCUCUGGAAGAACACAUCCGCACCGCGCAUCUAGGAUUCCAGAACUCCAAAGCCGAACGACGCCAGCGUCUCGGUCUCACCAGAAAACAACAAGACAACAACAAUAAGAACACCCCAUCUGCGCUAGCUACACUCACAGGCGAAGGGUACGCCGAAGAAACCGGCCGCCGAAUAGCCUGUUUCGUGCAGGGUUGUCCGCACCGUUUCCACCGCAACUAUGACCUCUGGGUCCACAUGGGUAGUAAACAUAACUACACCGAGGACGACAUUCGAGAUCUAUUUCUCCAACGAGCACUGCUCGGAGACGACACAGAGCCUGUCCCUGGCGAUAUUUUCGGAAUAUACGGUCUUGAGUACGACAACGAUGAUGCCUCGUGUGGGCCUUACCUUCUGAGCGAUGGUGUACAGCCGCCUGGGCCACACCCAAAUUCGCUUCUCCCGGAAGCAAACGCAGAUGUGUACGAAAUGGGGCAACGCACAACGCUUCCAACAUUUCCCCCUAUCAAUACAGGGGGAUUCGAUACCGAUAUCAUGAUGCAAGAUCCUACUUCCAAGAUACCCAGUUCUGAUGAUAUGGCCCUGAUUGAUCCGUUUCUAGAUUACCAUAUGAUUAACUUAUAGAACGUGACUUCUCUCUCUCUCUCUCUCUCUCUCUCUCUCUCUUCUUUUCAGCGUACAGAUAAUAUAGGAUUUGACCAAUAUCUUUUUCCUUUCCUUCUUUCCUUGGAGUUUGAUGCAACUCUACCUGUCAUCUCUGGUUAAUGACCGAAUCCACAAAUAGAACUUAGGAUUUCACUUAUCUUAUCCCAUAUCACGCGUGUCACCCAAGCGUAAAAGUAUAGACGAGGCAUCAGCAGAACUCCACU